GCACCGGUGUGAUCAGUUGUUUGUUUCGUGGAAAACGUACUACAGCGCGGAUCGCGAACGCUAAGCGGAAAGCCCUUCCGGAGCCUGUUCAGGCAGAGUCAGGUCGUCGAAAUUGUCUGUGCUGUGUGUGUGCGAAACUGUGUUCUAAUUGGUUGGUGGAAAGUGAUCUGUGUAACGUAGGGUGAUCUGUGCAACGUACAGAAACCGAGAACGAUGGAACGUGCCCGUGUCCGUGCGAUCGGGGUUCCCUUCGCCCUGUUGCUGUUGCUUGCUCUGGCUGCUCGUUCGGUGACCUCUUUCGAUGGUUUGGAUGACGAAGUCAUCCGGCUAACCGGACUUGGCGAAGAUUUGGCCGAGUGGCCGGCAGAAUUGCACGAACCGAUUGCCACGGCCGAUGUCAAUCCAUUCCUCUGGAUGCUACGCCAUAUAGAUGAGCCUGACCGUGUCAAUGACCAUCACUAUUCCAGGGUACCGGAAGCGGUGGUCGGUGCGUUUGGUGGAUCGGAACGGGAAACCGCUACGAUCGGUGGCCAGGAUCGCGAAUCACUGGAAUCGGACGCAGAAACGUUUGCCGACGAGCUGGGCCAGAAUCCGGAUGACAGACAACCAUCUUCAGUACAUCGACCGGGACUAACACCGCCGUAUCGUCCGCCGGCAGCCCAACACCCCGAUGUGGAGACGGUGGAUGAUGGCCGCCAACCACCGUUCGAUGCCAGCUCGCUGUUCCAGCAUCAUUUCAACUCGUUCUUCAAUACGCCACUGGAGACGGGCUUCUUUGGAACGGCCGGUCUUCCCGGAUUCGGUUUCUUUGACACCAACGCCAACCGUCCGUGGUGGAAAGGAGAAAAUGUUUGCGUUGAGCGGGAAGAAAAGGAAGAAGACAUAACAUCGUCCGACAACGACGAGGUAUCGGUCAACGGAGGCGCUGCCAGCGGAGGCAGCAGUUUCGGUUUCCAUGGUUUCAGCACGUUCAACUUGAACGUUCAAUCGUGUGCCGAAAAGCAGCACAAAUAUGUGUGCACCUCGAUCAAAAACGUCAACGGUCGAAAGCGCACGGAGAAGCUUACACGCCAAUGCUGUCACGGAUACGGUCGACCACGCAAUGGACCACCGAACGCGCAUUGCCAAAAGCUGGACCUAUACUCGAUGGAAGAAACGGUCGAGAGGCUCGGCGCGAAGGAGUUCGUUUCCACGCUUAAGAAGAGCGGUUUGGAUGCUACAUUGGAGAAUGAUGUGACACUGUUUGUUGUACCGGACAGUGCCUACACUACCUUUGCCGAGCAAAUGUGGGAAAACAAUCUGGUUGCGUUUGACCCGAUGGCACGAGCAAAGCGCGCGAUUGACUUCGCUAGCAUGACGGCACGGGACAUGAUCCUGGCGCACACGGUCAACGGAACGUAUUUCAUCGAGGAUAUUAGCAACGAGCAGCUGCUCAAAACAGAUCUGCCCGGAGCGAACAUUCGUAUCAACAUUUAUCCCCGGGGACCAAUGGCGGCGACGGUUCGGGAUCAGUCGCACGCUGAGCAUCCCUACCGCUACACUGCCAACUGUGCGCCACUGCUCAAGCUGAACCGUGUGGCCGAUCGGGGCAUUGUGCACGUCGUAGAUCGUGUGCUGGUACCGGCUCGCAACACGCUGAUGGACAUCAUUGAGGUACGGGACGAUAUGACGCUCAUGCGCACCUUCCUAGAGAUGACCGGGCUGGACAAGAUGCUGCGCGAGCAGGGCGAUGACAAGCACUACACCAUUUUCGCGCCCAACGACGAUGCGUUCCUCAAGCUGGACAAAGACAUCCGUCGCAAACUAAAGGCAGGCAAUGGCUGCGCCAUGAACAUCCUCAAGAACCACAUUCUGGAUAUAACGUUCUGCUCGCUUGCUGCUGUUAACGGCGUCAAGACGUCGACGUACAACAUGCUCAACGAAAAGCUCGAGUUUGAAUAUGCCAUGGUGGGCAAGACGCGUGUCCCAUCGGCCGUGGAGGGUGAGCUGAGCGAGGUCGAAGACGAGGGCAAGAAGACGCAGCGCAUCCGCAUUAACGGUUUCGCAACGAUUGAAGAGAGCGACGUGGUUGCCAGCAAUGGUGUUCUGCACGUGAUUGACAGCGUUCUGCCGACGGACAGUGGCAUGCCGAUUUCAAACACACUGGGCAAUCACAAUCUAACCGUAUUCAAGCAGCUGAUCUCCGAUGCCGGACUCGAGGAGGAGUUUGACGGCAUGUCCAACCGUACGUUCUUCAUUCCAACCGACCAGGCAUUCGAACAGACGGAAACGGGACGGUACUGGAUCCGCCAAUUGAAGGAGCACCCGGAAAGCCUGCGUGGUAACGCUGCACUCAAGGAGUUCCUCGAGUAUCACGUGGCAGAACCAUUGAUUAAGACCUGUGGCCUGGAAGAGACAACCAUACCGACAAAGGCCGGACAAAAUGUUCGCAUUAACCUAUACACUACGAAUCCCGUAUUCACGACGGUUAUGAAUCGUGCCACUGUCAACUGUGCCCGUUUGGUACGUUUCGACGAAGAAACGUGCGGAUCUGUGGUGCACGAAAUCGACAAGGUGUUGGAUGUGCCUAAGACGAACUUGAUGGAAGCCCUAAGCGCCAAUCCGGAUUACAGCAUGUUCCAGCGUAUGGUUAGUCUUACCAAUCUGACCGAGUUGCUAACGUCUCCCGAUUCUGGACUGACGCUGCUGGUUCCGAAGAAUGACGUGUUCCUCGAGGUGGACUCGUGGUAUCAGGAAACACUCCAGAACCAGGACGAGCUGGAACGCAUCAUUCGAGCGCACGUGCUGCCGAACGUGAUCUGCUGCACUGGCAUCGUACCGUCGGAGUGGCCAUUUGUACGCACGACCGAAACGAUCAGCGGCCAUCAGCUGAAGCUUAACCGUAACCGCCGACCCCAGGUACAGAAUGCCGGCAUUACCAAGUGCGAUGUUGUAGCCCGUAAUGGUAUCAUUCAUGAGAUUAACGAUGUGAUCAAUGUGCAGUCGAAGCGCACCAGCAGUACCGGUGCUGGUUCCGGCAAUCCGUUCGAAAGCUUCGGUAGCAUUACACGCCCGCUCACUUUCUGGUUUAAGUGAGAAACGACCUGCUAUCUCAUGCUUUAUAUCCCACUUUCUUAUUCUCUAUGUUUGUGGGAUUGGCCUCACCCCAGGGAUUCGGUUUUUAAAAGGCAUCAGAUGCUUUACUUUUAGCACAUCCGGGUGGAAUCGUACUCAUCCUGAGCAAUGCAAUAUCGAUUGGUUCGUUAAUUAUUUGAACGAGUAUAGGAGAGCCACGGUGGUGCCGAAUUCUGAGAGGCAUAGUUUUACAAUACUUCUAACAUUACUGUAUUUAUACAACGAGAAAUAAACAACUCAUGGUGUUUAACUGUACAAA